AGCUGCCGCUGCCACAGCUGCUGCCUCCCGGGCUGAAGAGUUGGCUGAAGCCCUGCCCUCCGAACCGGCCCAGUUUUCCCGCCCGGACUCGGGGCGCCAACGCCGGGAGCACUCACCGCUUUGAUCGGUGCAGAAGCGGGACUUGCCUCAGCCUGUGGAGCGGCGGGGACGACCCCGGCCCCCCUUCCCCUCCCUGACCCCUUCUUUCCAUCGCCCCAGUCAUGGGGAACGCGGCGACCGCCAAGAAAGGCAGCGAGGUGGAGAGCGAGAGAGAGAGACAGCUGGAGAGGGAACACAAGCAGGGGGAGUGAGAGAGGGAGAAGCAGGCUCCCGGCCGAGCAGAGAGCCCGAUGCGGGGCUCGAUCCGAGGACCCUGGGAUCAUGACCUGAGCCGAAGGCAGACGCUUAACGACUGAGCCACCCAGGUGCCCCCUUUAACACCCCUCUUAAGCAGAAAAUCAUGAAAGAGUUUCUAGCCAAAGCCAAAGAAGACUUUCUUAAAAAAUGGGAAAAUCCUGCUCCGAAUAAUGCCGGGCUGGAAGAUUUUGAAAGGAAAAAAACCCUUGGAACAGGUUCAUUUGGAAGAGUCAUGUUGGUGAAACAUAAAGCCACUGAACAGUAUUAUGCCAUGAAGAUCUUAGAUAAGCAGAAGGUUGUUAAACUGAAGCAAAUAGAGCACACCUUGAAUGAGAAAAGAAUAUUACAGGCGGUGAAUUUUCCUUUUCUUGUUCGACUGGAGUACUCUUUUAAGGAUAAUUCUAAUUUAUACAUGGUUAUGGAAUAUGUCCCUGGGGGUGAAAUGUUUUCACAUCUAAGAAGAAUUGGAAGGUUCAGUGAACCCCAUGCACGGUUCUAUGCAGCUCAGAUAGUGCUAACAUUCGAGUACCUCCAUUCACUAGACCUCAUCUACAGAGAUCUAAAACCUGAAAAUCUCUUAAUUGACCAUCAAGGGUAUAUCCAGGUUACAGACUUUGGGUUUGCCAAAAGAGUUAAAGGCAGAACUUGGACAUUAUGUGGUACUCCAGAAUAUUUGGCUCCAGAGAUAAUCCUCAGCAAGGGCUACAAUAAGGCAGUGGAUUGGUGGGCAUUAGGCGUGUUAAUCUAUGAAAUGGCAGCGGGCUACCCCCCAUUCUUUGCAGACCAACCAAUUCAGAUUUAUGAAAAGAUUGUUUCUGGAAAGGUCCGAUUCCCAUCGCACUUCAGUUCAGAUCUCAAGGACCUUCUAAGGAACCUGCUACAGGUGGAUUUGACGAAGCGGUUUGGAAACCUGAAGAAUGGCGUGAGUGAUAUAAAAACUCACAAGUGGUUUGCCACCACGGAUUGGAUUGCUAUUUACCAGAGGAAGGUUGAAGCACCAUUCAUACCAAAGUUCAGAGGCUCUGGAGAUACCAGCAAUUUUGAUGACUAUGAAGAAGAAGAUAUCCGCGUCUCUAUAACAGAAAAAUGUGCAAAAGAAUUUUGUGAAUUUUAAAGCUGAGCAACAAGAUAACAUCAGAGCUUACACUCAGUCUUUGCACUCUGUUGAGAGAUACGGUGGAGCUGAGACCGUCCUUGUUGAAGCAGUUACCUAGUUUCGUCAUUCCAGCGACUGAGUGAGGUCUUUAUUGCCAUCGUGUGUGCGCUCUGCAUCCACCUAUGUAACAAGGCACCGCUAAGCAAAGCAUUAUCUGUGCCAUAACACACAACUAGACACUUUCCUGCUUCCCUUUGGUUUGUCUUUCUCCUCCCCUACAUCCAUUUCUUCCUUUUUUCAUUUUCAUCAGUUUUUCUCCAAACAGUGUUCCAUUUUAUUUUGUUGGUGUUUCAGAUGGGCAGUGUUAUGGCUCUGUGAUAUUUGAAAGGAAGGAUGAGUGUUGCCUUCGGUAGUUCUUGCCAUUAUUUUUGUUGGUCAGUGGCUUGAGGAUAUACUUUCAAUAACUGUUUUUACUUUGAGUAGCUCAGACUGUUUUGCCAAAACUUUUGACAAUUUUUGAAGACAAUGUCUUAUCAACAAGGCAGUUUAUACAAAACAAAACAAUAACUUUCCUAGAAUUCACUGUUCUGGCAAGACACUUGGGCAGACUAACAUAGAGUAGCUAGACCCAGCAAUUUGGAUUCCUAGAGAUCAGAGGCUCUAUUUCCCUUCACUACCUUUUGUAUCAUCUUCCCCUCGAGUAAUUAAGUGACCAGCUGUGCAGUGUGACAAAUGUGUCUCAUUCACAGGAAAAACUAAUGCUAUGGAUCAUCGCUUGGUACCAGCCUUUAUGUAGGUAUUAGAGCUAACUCUAAGAUUUCUAAACCUUCACUCCUCCAUAAGGGUUUUAGCCAGUAUUUUAACAGAACGUGACUGAUGAAGUAAGUGACAAUUUUUUUAGUUUCUCAAAUAGUCCUCAUGGUAAGCUUUUUAAAGGAAAAGAAAUGAGCUAAAAACAAUGCGGACAAAUACUUCGCUGAGUCAAACAAAUGGCUUGAUACUUGUAAACGGUAUAGAGAUGUUCUUAUUUAUAUGAGGUUUUUGUUUGUUUGUUUUGCUUUGCUUUGUUUUGUCACAGUUAAGAACAAAAGGAAUUAUUGCCAGGUUAUUCCGGUAUAAUCUGUAUGUCAGUCUGAGGUAGAGGCGCUGUUGAAGCUUCGGCUUUCAUCCUAUGCCUCAUCAAUGAGGAAAAGGGACAAAGUUUUUAAAACUGCCACAGUUGUAUUUUAAUUUUGAGGUGUGAUAUUUUUAGACAUGUCAGAAUUUCAAGCCUCUUUUCUUUCAGGAAACAGAAUGUAUGAUCAUGCAGAUACAAUUUUAGUAUUUGAGUUUAAUUUUUUUAUACUUCCUUGCCAACAAAAUUGCUGUCACGUGGAAAUUUCAAGCACUUUUGCACAUUUAGUUCAAUGUUUGUUGAGAAUCCAUGGCUUACCUCCGUUUUUUAAAUAUUUUUUUCCUUGCUUUUAAAUUUUGCCAUCUGAUUUUAUCUCCGUGUGUCAGUGACCUAUCUUAAAACAACACACCGAAAGAGUCGAAAAUAAACUGUGUUCAUUUUUUAUGAUCAAUUUACAUGCAUAUAAGUUGUUUUUAAUCAAACCGAUCUUAGUGUAUAUAAGCAUUCUAUUUGCUUCAUUAUUGGUGCAGGUCACUGACUCUACUUCUUUUCCUCUGUACCCUUGUAAAACCUUUGAAGACAUUUAAAAAAGCCUGUCUGGAAUAUUCUCUGCAUCAAUCUGUACAUCUUUUGGUUGUCAAGUGUUUUUGCAUGGUUAUGUCAUUUAAAAGCUGAUACUGAUUUCAGUUGGUCCACCUAUAUUUAAAAUGUGCAACAAAAAUAUGAAAUACUUCGCUGUAUCAAGUUUUAUGUGACAAAAAUAUAUCAUCAUGUUAAUAAAUUUAAAACAUCACUUGUAUAAAAUAUUUUAAUUAGUUUUUGGCCCAAGAACAUGCUGAUCAUUGUAUUCUAUGUGUAUGCUACAAAUUCUAUGGUAGCUUUAUUGUAUAUUAUUGUAAAAUUAUUUUAAUAAAUCAUGGGGAUGACAAUUUGAUUAUUACAUUUUAGUUUUCAGCAAUUAAAAAGAUUUCUGUAAGUUCUAAAAAAAAAUGUUUUAAAUAAAAUUACUAUUGCCCUGCACAACUUGCUGUAAACUCUGCCUAGGUAGAUGACCCCUAGGCGUACAUUGGUUUUGAGGGCUAUUUCGCCAUGCCCAUUUUACUCUCCAUUUAAAGGACAUGAGCAAGCUUUCAGAUAUGUCAAGGGAGUCUAUUUCCAGCCAAUCAAGUACACUGAAUUAGAAUAUCUUAAAGUUAUAUAAAACUCACAGUUUUAGCCACAAUUUAGCCAAGAACAAGAUAAAAACUUGAAUAAGAAAUAAGUGGAAUGAAUCAGUAUUUAACCUCAGAUUACAUUAUUUGAAACAGAAGAAAUUACAUUUUUCCUCAGUAAAUAAUAAGGAGAUGGCAUUGCAGAGGAAGGACCCCCUGAUUUGAAGUCAAAGACAUGGGUCUCAGGCUGGUCUGUCACAGGCAGCAUGACCUUGGCCUUAGCUCUUCAAAAUGAGUUCCAUUAGGCAGUUUCUAAGGCCUUUUCUAAUUUUCACAUGUCAUGACAGGAUUCUUUUUAUUUGACAGUUUGAAGGGAUAAUGUGCUUUGAAGUAAGUCUUGGCAAGGCGAUAUUUUAGGGCCUUUCUUCUCUUUCUUCUCCUUAUCUCUUACAGGGUUCUUACAGUUUUUUGAAUAUCAUGAGGACCUCAUGUCUGUUUUGAUUCCUUCCUCCUUCACUGAUGCUAAAUAUCCAAUUGAUAUCAAACUGUCAACCUACCAAAAAAAGAUAUUGUGGCUUGUGGGUAUUGCUGUCUUGUUUUUGAUGUGUUCUUGUACUGACUGCCCAUUGGCCUGAAAAUACUCAUCGUAAGCCUAAAAAAACAAAAACAAAAAAAAAAUUUUUUUUCUUUCCCACUGACUGUUUUAUCUGCUUGUUGUAAGACUCAAAUGAAAUAAUGUAUGUGAAAGCACCUUGUAAACUGUAACUUAUCAAUGUAAAAUGUUAAGGUGUGUUGUUAUUUCAUUAAUUAAUUCUUUGUUUAGAAUGGAAUUUCCUAUGCACUACUGUAGCUAGGAAAUGCUGAAAACAACUGUGUUUUUUAAUUAAUCAUAACAGCAAAAUUAAAGUAUCUUCAAAGGAUAAAACAGUA